AUGCCGACUCCAGAGUCCGAAGCGUUUCUCGCCAAAAAGCCUCAGGUGCCGCCUACCUUCCAGGGCGUCGACUUCUCAGACAACCAGGCGGUCACCAACGCCCGAGAUGCGAUUGUACGGGAACAAUGGGUCCAGCAGAUGAUGCAGAGAUUGGUGGGCGAGGAGAUGGGAAAAUGCUACAAACGUGAAGGUGUCAAUCAUCUGGAGAAGUGCGGGAAAUACAGAGACCGUUAUUUGCAACUGUUAAAAUCAAACAAGGAGAAAGGCUACAGAGGACGACAGCAAAACUACACCCCCGGCGUCGACGGACCAGCGGGCGGACCGGAGAUUCAUACGGAUUACCCGAGUGUACAGCAAGCCAAAGGCUCAAAGGGCUCGGAUUACAGACCUGGAAACACGACCGGCCAGGGUGGCAAUGUGUUAUAUUAA